UUGUUUACACCCGAAUUUACACAUGCGCAGUCGCGUCAUUGCGGCACGACCUAAUCAAAGAUCGUCGUGUACAACAACGGGAGAUGCUGUCUCGUCACCGUUUUCGUGGGCUGUUGGUACCAGGACAUUUGGGCAGAGUGAGCUCCUCCGUUGGGCAAGAGUGAAGAAGACAAGACGCAAGGUCGCUGAAGAGAAAAUGUCUCUGUUAGCAAAGUCGCUGACAUUGUCAGGCAGGAGACUAGUUGCAGCUUCUGUACGGCAUCACUCUCUUACAACUGAACUGAUUGAAAACAUGGAUAAGAAAGCAACCUGGGACCGCUUCUACGCUGAGAGCAGCAACAAGACAACCACCUUCAAAAACUUUGAGUGGUUCUUUGGCUUCGAUGCUGUCCGGGACUUCAUUAUGCCUCUCUUGCAGACCGAGUCCCACCCAGAUGCUCUGCUCCAAGUCCUGGAUAUGGGCUGUGGCACUUCUGCUCUAGGGCCCUGUAUUUUCAGACACUCAGCCCACCCGGUCCAGGUCACUUGUGCAGACAUUUCUCCCAUAGCUGUGCGACUAAUGCAGGAACACGUCCGAGCCAAAGCCAUUCAGCCUCACAAUCUUUGUUCUCAGCUUGAGUUUGUAGAGCUGGACUGCACACAGCUUCACAGGCACUAUGGCUGUAACAGUGUGGACCUUAUAGUUGAUAAGGGCACCACAGACGCCUUGUUGAGGUCUAAGGAAGGGAGAGGGAAGGCCAGUCUGGUGCUGAAGCAGUGUUUGAAGGUGCUGCGGAGCUCAGGAUCUGUGCUCCAGUUCUCCGAUGAGGACCCUGAUGCCAGGCUGCUGUGGCUGGAGACGGAGGCCCAGGAGCCGGGGGUGAUGGCAGCAGAUGUUGGGGUGCAGGAGGUUGGGGAGCUAAGGGGAAUGUCGUACUACUGCUACCAAGUGACUCCUCGCCCUAUUGCAUAGCAACUUUCUACAUCUGGACUAGGGAUACACCAAUUAUCGGCCUGUUUUUUUGGCAGUUUGCAGAUUAUCUGUAUCACUAAGUCUGACCUAAUGUCCCGCCCAUAACACUAUCUGACUGUGUAUUAUGUUGAAAGUUUCUAAUUUAUUAAAUAAUUGCUUAAAGCAUCCAAACAAAGUUUUGUGUAGGAUUUUGUAACGUUCCAGAAUCUUAAUUUGGACUUUCAUUUUCACUGUAUAUGCACAUCGGUUCCAGAUAUCGGUUAUCGGUUUUAUUAACUACUAAUAAUCGCUAUCGAGAAAAACCAGUAUUGGUCGAUCCCUAAUCUGGACGGUCAUAA